CCGGAGUUAAAAUGUGUUCUAGGCUCCCGGACCAUGUGAGUUACGAGGAAGGUGCUCUGCUGGAGCCCCUGUCUGUGGGUGUGCACGCCUGCAGGAGGUCAGGGGUCACUGUUGGCAGCAAAGUUCUGAUCUGUGGUGCAGGUCCCAUUGGGCUGGUGUGCCUCCAAGUGGCCAAGGCGAUGGGUGCAGAACAGGUGGUCAUUACAGAUAUUGACGCCAAGCGGCUGGAGUUUGCACGUCAGAUGGGAGCUGACGUCACCGUGCACGUGACGUCACGUGACGGGCGGGAGGUAGCUGACCAGGUGGUGCAGGUGCUUGGGUGUAAUCCUGACGUCACCAUAGAGUGUAGCGGGGCGGAAACCAGUAUCCACGCAGGCAUUUAUGCCACGGAGCCGGGAGGUGUUCUGAUGAUAGUCGGGCUCGGCCGGCCCAUGGCGACCAUCCCGCUCCUAGACGCCGCUCUGAAGGAAGUAGACAUCAGGGGAAACCUCCGAUACGCAAACGACUACCCGACAGCCCUAGCAAUGAUAGCCUCGGGACAGGUGAACGUGAAGCCGCUGGUCUCCCACCGCUAUAGCCUGGAGCAGACACUGGAGGCCUUCGAGUUCGCCAAGAAGGGCGAAGGGAUCAAAGUCAUGAUCCACUGUGACAAGACCAAGGCCUGAUAGCGUAUGUUGUUGCUGUGGGCCUGGGGAUACACGUACAGAGUGGUGUACCGAAAGUGAGAAAAGAAACAAAAAAGAAACGAAAUUGAGCGAAAAGG